UCCCACAACAACUCACCAAUAAAUACUGGGAAUAUUCCCAUCAUCCUACAAGAGAAGGACAAACUCCAGGAGUAGCAGCUGAAAUCUGUGUGACUGUUAAAGAUGGAGUUUAUUAAAGAGGAGAUUGAAGAUGUAGAAGAUUUUAUUAUUUAGAAAACAAGUAACUUAGCUAUAUAAGAAACCACAUUUAGUUCCUGAAACUUUGGGUCUGACAUUUAGAAGCCCAAUGCUGAUACACCAGAAUACUAUUUCAGUAUGUCACAUGGUACAAUGUAUUUUUAAAACUAUCUAUAGGGUGUCUGACCUUCUAUGGAAGAGGAUGUAUGUAUAUAACUCUGAACACAAAAGACUCGAGAGCGCAAUAGGGCCGGAGGGCCAGCAGGCCAGAGCGUUAGAGCAACUAUGCUGCAGAAGUUGCUCGGCUUUGUUUGUGAAUAAAGUCUAAUAUUUCUGGCAUUAGAGAUCUCUGUGAAGUUAUUUAAAAAAGACAGAAACCACUUCAAAGACAUGACUGAGCCAGAACCAUCCAGAAUAAAACAUGAAGAUACUGAGGAACAAACAGACCAGGUGAGAGUGAAAGAGAAAAGACAAGAACUGAAUGAAGUGGAGGAGGAACAUCGUAACUUUACAAUUCAAAGAACAAAAGCCAAAAAGACGCACACCUGCACUCAGUGUGGAAAGAGUUUUUCACGGCUGAAAAGUUUUAAACAGCACCAGAAAACACACAAUGAAGUGAGAGAUUAUGUGUGCUGUGACUGUGGGAAGAGUUUUAAUACAGCUGAGAAUCUGAAACGGCACCAAAGAACUCAUACUGGAGAAAAACCUUACAAGUGCUCAUACUGUGACAAGAGUUUCAAUCGGUCUGGAAACCUGAAAUCACACGAGCGAGUUCAUACUGGAGAGAAGCCGUACGACUGUACUCAGUGUGGGAAGAGUUUCUCAGAGACAGGACACCUUAACAAACACAUGAGAAUUCACACUGGAGAGAAACCGUUUACAUGCACUCAGUGUGGAAAGAGUUUUUCUCAAGCAUCAGGUCUCAGUUAUCAUCUGCGCAUUCAUUCUGGAGAAAAGCCAUUCAACUGUGAUCAGUGUGGUAAAGAUUUUAUUUCAUCAUCACAACUAAAACAACACCUGAAAGUUCAUUCAGAUGAGAAGCCUUAUGUGUGUUCUCUCUGUGGAAAGAGUUUUUCAUGGCUGGAAAGUUUUAAACGGCACCAGAAAACACACAAUAGAGUGAGAGAUUAUAUGUGCUUUGACUGUGGGAAGAGCUUUACUACAUCUGUUGAUCUGAAUCGGCACCAAAGAAUUCAUACUGGAGAAAAACCUUACAAGUGCUCAUAUUGUAACAAGAGUUUCAGUCGGUCUGGAUCCCUGAAAGAACACGAGCGAGUUCACACUGGAGAGAAGCCGUACGCCUGUACUCAGUGUGGGAAGAGUUUCAAACAUUCAAGUAGUCUAGUGUAUCAUAGUAGAAAGCAUUGUUCUGUGUCACAGAUGACUGAUCCAGAACCAUCCAGAAUAAAACAUGAAGAUACUGAGGAACAAACAGACCAGGUGAGAGUGAAAGAGGAAAGACAAGAACUGAAUGAAGUGAAGGAGGAACAUCAUAACUUUACAAUUCAAAGAAAAAAAGGCAAAAAGAUGCACACCUGCACUCAGUGUGGAAAGAGAUUCUCACACAAAGGAAACCUUAACAUGCACAUGAGAAUUCACACUGGAGAGAAACCAUAUGCAUGCACUCACUGUGAAAAGAGUUUCACACAGAAAGUAAACCUUAACAAACACAUGAGAGUUCACACUGGAGAGAAAUCGUAUACAUGCACUCAGUGUGGAAAGAGUUUUACUCAUGACUCCAGUGGUCAUCUGCUCCGUCACUCUGGAGAAAAAACAUUUAACUGUGAUCUGUGUGGUAAAGAAUUGAUUUUAUCAUCAAAUCUAAAAUCACACCUGAAAGUUCAUUCAGACGAGAAGCCUCAUGUGUGUUCUCUCUGUGGAAAGAGUUAUACACGUCUGUUCUGUUUUAAACGGCACCAGAAAACACACAAUGAAGUGAGAGAUUAUAUGUGUUGUGACUGUGGGAAGAGCUUUACUACAUCUGCUGAUCUGAAACGGCACCAAAGAAUUCAUACUGGAGAAAAACCUUACAAGUGCUCAUAUUGUGACAAGAGUUUCACUCGGCCUGGAUCCCUGAAAAAACACGAGCGAGUUCACACUGGAGAGAAACCGUACGCCUGUCCUCAGUGUGGGAAGAGUUUCAGAGAGAAAGGAAACUUUUACAGACACAUUAGAAUUCACACUGGAGAGAAACCGUAUACAUGCACUCAGUGUGGAGAGAGUUUUACUCAUUCAUCGGCUCUCCGUCAUCAUCUGCUCCGUCACUCUGGAGAAAAGCCAUUUAACUGUGAUCAGUGUGGUAAAGAUUUUAUUUCAUCAUCAAAUCUAAACCAACACCUGAAAGUCCAUUCAGAUGAGAAGCCUUAUGCGUGUUCUCUCUGUGGAAAGAGUUUUUCAUGGCUGGAAAGUUUUAAACGGCACCAGAAAAAACACAAUGAAGUGGGGGAUUAUGUGUGCUUAUACUGUGGGAAGAGCUUUACUACAUCUCGUGAUCUGAAACGGCACCAACGAAUUCAUACUGGAGAAAAACCUCACAAGUGUUCAUAUUGUGACAAGAGUUUCAAUCAUUCUGGAAACUUGAAAUCACAUGAGCGAAUUCACACUGGAGAGAAGCCGUACGCCUGUACUCAGUGUGAGAAGAGUUUCACCCAAUCAAGUAGUCUAGUGAAACAUAUUAGAAAGCAUUUUUCUGUGUCACAGUGAGCAAAAGUAAAUGUGUAGGUAACUAAUAAACUAACGUUGCAGUGAAACGCCACAAGAUUUGUGUUUUAUAUGUUGGAGAACAAGAAAAUGAUUGAAAAUCAUUUUAAUUGAACACUUACUUAAAUACCAAAAUGAAAAGAGAAAUGCAGAAAAACAACAACAAUCAGGUAUAUAUUCAUAAAUAUAAAAAAAAAAAUCCUGAAUUUGAUUAAUUGUCCAAUUGUAACAUCUGCAAAUUUGUUAACUAUGUCAUUAAACCCGAAAAUUGUCAGCCGAAAUUUCUUUUUCUCUUUUGGUCUAAAGAAAAAAGGCAGAAAAAUGACGCCCCACAAUGUGUAUUGUAUGUAAUGAAAAUUAAUUAUAGUUAUUUUAUAGGUAAUUAACAAACAACCUUUUAAGCGUUUUCAGUUAAUUGGACUCUUAUUAAAUGUGAUUCACUUUUGUUUACACUGUGUUCUCUUUGCCAAAAAGUAUGCAAUGUGUUUGAGAAAAACAGUAUUUCAUAAUGUGAUUUAAAACCCACCCACCCCACACACUGUGAA